AUGAACAGACGAUUUUCUCCAUGCCUCUAUCUAACGCAUAUCUAUCUAUCUAUAGCUAUCUAUCUAUCUAUAUAUCUAUCUAUCUAUUCAUCUAUCUAUCUAUCUACUUUUGCCGGUUCAUAUCUAUUUAUCUAUGUCACUCAUGAUCUAUAUCAGCCUGAAUUUCUCCCAAAUGUUUUCUCUUCUAUCUAUCUAUCUAUCCUCUCUAUCUAUCUAUCUAUCUAUCUAUCUAUUCCUAAUAUAUAUAAAUUGCAAAAUUUUAUAUAUAUAAAAAUUUCACAAAAAAGACGUAAUUUUUUACGUCAAAAAUUUCAAUCCAAUUGUUCAUUCUUUCUUUCUUUCAUUCUUUCUUUCUUAAUAGCUCACAAUCUUUCUUUCUUAAUAGCUCUCAGGCUUUCUUUCUUUCUUUCUUUCUUAAUAGUUCCCGAACUUUUUUUCUUUCUUUCUUUCUUUCUUUCUUUCUUUCUUUCUUUCUUUCUUUCUUUCUUUCUUAAUAGUUCCCAAACUUUCUUUCUUUCUUUUCUCCUUGUUUCAACUUCUUCCUAUUUUCUUUCUUCUUUUUUCUACCUGUUUUUCUUUCUUAUUUUUCCUGCUUCUCUUUUCUCUUCUUUAUUUCUUUGUCUUUUUUACUCUGGCUUCUUUCUUUCUUUCUUUCUUUCUUUCUUUCUUUCUUUCUUUCUUUCUUUCUUAUUUUGGCUCUCCUUUUCCACCGUCCGACUUCUUUUCUUCACUCCUGCAUUUCUUGUUUGCUUUCUUCCUCUCCUCUCCCUUUUCACGCCUUUCUUUCUUUCUUUCUUUCUUUCUUUCUUUCUUUCUUUCUUUCACUGCCUCACCUUCCUUUCCUUUCUGUCUCUGUCUGUAUUUCCCUGGCUUCUUUGUUUCCUUCGUAUUUUCAAAUUUUCAGCCAUGUUCUUCCUCUCUCUCUCUCUCUCUCUCUCUCUCUCUCUCUCUCUUCUUUCUUUCUUUCUUUCUUUCAUUCUUCCACUUGGAGAGUCCAUACGUGCGUGGGUAAAUUACCAUAACACUAUCUAUCUAUCUAUCUAUCUAUCUAUCUAUCUAUCUAUGUCUGUCCACAUCUAUCUAUCUAUCUGUUGUCGCCUUGUUAGGGCCAGAAAUAAAAGACACACAUAG